GAGAAACGAAACUCCAAAAGCUGGACCGUGUCAGCGUUCUAGCAUUUAUAAGCAAUGCAUUUUGGAAGGAGACACAGAAUCUAAGGGUCGGGAAUCAGCCACAAUGACCAGUGGAGUGCUGCUUCUCUGGAUGGUUUUUGAGCUCUGUCUGACUCAGGCCACAUCACAGACUGUGACAGGGUUCCUGGGUCACUCUGUAAAGUUGCCUUGUUCCUACAGUGUUUCAGCUAAAAACACUAGAGUGAUGUGCUGGGGAAAGGGUUUUUGUCCCAAUAGCAAAUGCAGUGGAGAGAUUGUCAGGACUGAUGGAAAUCGAGUGACAUGGUCCAAGUCUUCAAAAUAUCAACUUCAAGGAAAUAUUGGGAGAGGUGAUGUGACCCUGACUAUUCAAAAUACAAAUGAAUUAGAUACUGGAACAUAUUGCUGCCGGAUAGAGGUGCCUGGGUGGUUUAAUGAUAUCAAAAAGAACAUAGUUCUGCUGCUGGAGAAAGCUCCAACAACAACUCGUCCAACUACAACUACUCGUCCAACUACAACUACUCGUCCAACUACAACUACUCUUCCGACUACAACUACUCUUCCGACUACAACUACUCUUCUGACUACAACUACUCUUCCGACUACAACUACUCUUCCGACUACAACUAUUCAUCUGACUACAACUACUCGUUCGACUACAACUACUCGUUCGACUACAACUACUCUGACUACAACUACUCGUCCAACUACAACUCCUCUGCCUUCUACAACUACUCAUCUGGUUACAACUCUUCUUCCAGCUUCAACAACUCUUCUUCCAACUACAACUCCUCUUCAUGCUACAAAUCCUCAUCCAGUUACAACAACUCAUCUGACUAGAGUGCCUCUUACUGCUACAACCCCUUAUCUGGCUACAACAAUUUGUCCAACUACAACAGCCACAACAACUCUCCAAAGAACCACUUCAGCUAUUUCUAACCUAACUAUGACACACCAGCUAUCUACAGUCACUCUCAAGUCAAACACAGCAGCUCUUCCUCAGAAAACAACUACUAAUCAAGCAAUAACCCCAGCUCUGACUACCCUUCCAUUGACAGAAGUUGCCCCUGGGACUACAGAUAUAGCAAGUUUUCCACAAAAUGAUUCAGAAUUCAAAGAGGUGAAAACUUGGGGAGACCCUGAACUACUGGUCAUCACUGUCCCAUUGGUAGGAUUUGUGAUCCUUCUGAUGCUGCUGGCUUUUAUUUUGAGAGGUAAAAUCAUGAGAAAGAAUUAUUCAGAUAUACACAAAAGGUUAAAUAAUGCAGAAGUUAGCAGUGCUCGCAGUACCUUAGCUUUACCUAAUGGGAUGGAAGAAGAAGAUGGCUUUUUCACCCUCUAAUAGUUUUCAUUUGGAGCAGUAUGGAUGUGUAUGUGUGUGUGUAUGUGUGUGUGUGCGUGUGCACGUGCACGAGCAUAGGUGAUAUUGGAGGUCUGAUAAUAAGUUGAUCUAAAUAUACUAAAAAAAUAUACCGGAAAUAAAUGGAUGCCAGCA